CGGGUGUGAUAGGCUGCUUAAAGAAAGAAGCUUCGCCUUGUGUUCAGAUGAGCCCGUGGUGCUGCUGGAGAGUUCACUCACCGUCUGCUAGCUCCAGCCAAAACGGACCACGAAUCCUUUUCCUUUUUUAAAAUUUUAUUUAUUUCAUCCUAUCAUCGGAUAAGCCUUUUAAAAACAAGAUGUAACUCACCACCGAACAUUUACAUCCUCACUUGAAUAAACCUACAUGUUUUAAAAAACCGGGAUGAACAUCACUGAUGGAAGUUAUUGUGGCGAGUGGUUUUAACUAUGGUAUUCCGAUGCGAUUGUUUAUUUUGCCCUUUACCCUUGGCGAUGGAUCCCUAAUUUUGGGAUUAUCAGUAAUUCCACGAUUCUAUUAGGAAUCAUCGGCGAUCGAAGAGGGAAUUCUACACAGCCAAGCAAACUACAGGGGAUUUAAAUCGCAUUGCUCCGGGAAAAAGAAAAGAAGCAGGAAGAAAAUUCAUGUGGCGAUUCUCUCCUUAACAGUAAAUAAUUUUGGAUUGCAGAAUGAGCAAGGAAAGACCUAAGAGGAAUAUCAUUCAGAAGAAAUACGAUGAUAAUGAUGGGAUGCCGUGGUCGGAGGAGCGAGUGGUGCGGAAGGUGCUCUAUCUCUCACUGAAGGAGUUCAAGAGCGCACAAAAGCGCCAGCUUUGUGACGGCCUCAGCAAUGGAGGAAAGGGCCCUAAUGCUUCCUUGUCAAAUGGGCAGCUGAAUGGAUGUGGGUCUAAGGGAAAAGAGGACGGGUCUCUCUCGAGGAGUGCAGAUGGAGGCAGCGAGUACUCUGAGGACUGCCCGGCCAAAAAGAGGCCCAGACUGCAUGCACAGAGGAAGUUUGCUCAGUCUCAACCCAACUCUCCCAGCACCACGCCGGUGAAGAUGGCCGACGCCUCUCUGCCCACGCCGCUCACACAUAUCACAUUCCUCUCCAAGCGCAAACCCAAGACAGAAGACUUCCUCACCUUCAUAUGCCUUCGAGGCUCACCGGCAUUACCCAGUAACAUGGCCUACUUUGGCAGCUCUCAGGAUGAGGAGGAUCUGGAUGAUGAAGAUGAAAUUGAGGAAGAGAAACCACCCAGCGUGGCAUCCACAUCAUGUCAGUCUACACCCAAGAAGGGCAAACCUCCUGGCAAGAUCAACGGAUUCGUGUUAAAUGGCCUUAAGGUACACAAGGACAAAGAGCUCAAUACCAGAUCAAGAGGUAGAGAGUCGACUGUGGGGAGAGACUGUAGCGAGAGGUGUGAUGCGUCUGGUGACAUCUCCCACAAGCACACGGCGGCCACCGCCAAGAGCCACAACACCAAUGGCCACAACUACAGAAGAGCCGCAGAGGAACUCCGCAAGCAGGUCUCAAAAGUAAAUGGACUCACACGGGCAUCAUCAGUCGGCGCGCACACGGCCGGUGCCAAAAAGCAGAAAGACUUCCGUCUGCCGUCCAAAACUGUGAAGUACACAGCCACCGUGACCAAGGGCCACGUCACCUACACCAAAGCAAAACGAGAACUGGUUAAGAAAGCCAAACUCAACCACAGCAAGCAUGCUGUUUCUGCUGGCCUCCGUGCUUACAGUAACAACCACCACCAUCAUUCUCAUCAUCCAACCAGCAACGGCCAUGGCCGGCCUCAGCUAUCUCACUCAGGAAAAGCCCAAAGUAUCAAUGCAAAAACCCGCAAACAGGUGCUAUUAUCGAAUGGGGUGCAUAAGAUGACCAACGGUGGCCGGUUUAAUGGCAGGCUUAAUGGACGCCACAGUGCCAGGGAAGAGGAGGAAGAUGGCCGACAAGUGCGGCAGGGUCUGCGGAACUCUAAACGCAGAAGUGAUGCCAUUACGAUCCUUGGAGCUGGAACUGAGAGUGAUGAGGCCAAAACUAAGCUGCCUGUUAAUGAGGUUAAGAAAGCUAAACUGCAGACUAGCCCACUGGAAACUCGUAGCAAGAAGGCGCUGAGUCAGUUCAAGCCUCCCAACACCAUCACUAUUGCACAUAGUAUCACUGAAAUGGCUGCCUCCCCUACUCAGAAAACGGGUCCUGCCCCUCCUCCAUCUCCCCCUGCUGCUCCAGCCUCCCCAGGCAUGCCCCAGAACCCCGCAACCCCUGAGCCAGCACGUCAGCGGCCCAAGCGUGCCUCUGCUGGCAAACUGAUGUUCAUCAGACAAGCACAGCAGAGGGCCCAAACUAACCCUGCCCUCAAUCGGACCACAUCCACUACCUCAGCCAACAAGUCCUUCAAACCAGCAGAGCCCACACACACACCUCCACCACGGCCGGACAGAGACAGGGAGCGUGAAAGGAGCAAAGCAGGGUGGGCAACCCUGGGGGAUGUGCCCAUUUUCAAGCCCAGCUCCAGGGAGUUCCAGGACCCUUUGGUGUACCUCGACUCGGUACGGGAACGGGCCGAGUCGUGUGGACUGUGCAGAGUGCUGCCACCUCCUGACUGGAGGCCAGAGUGCAAACUCAACGACGAGAUGCGUUUUGUGACACAGGUUCAGCGCAUCCACAAGCUGGGUCGGCGCUGGGGCCCCAAUGUUCAGAAACUGGCCUGCAUUAAGAAGCACCUCAAAUCUCAGGGCAUCUCAAUGGACGAGCCGCCUCUUAUAGGUGGCUGUGAAGUAGACCUGGCUCGUUUUUCUGAGCUUGUCUGCGACAUGGGGGGAAUGCAGCAGGUGAUGGACCUGAAAAAAUGGAGCCGGCUGGCCGACCUUCUUCGCAUUCCCAAAUCAGCACAGGAUCGUCUGGCCAAGCUCCAGGAGGCCUACCUCCAGUACCUGCUCUCUUAUGACCUGCUCUCUCCUGAGGAGCACCGCCGACUGGAGCAGGAGGUGCUGGCAGAAAAGGAGGUUUUGGAACGCAAACGGGGACCCCUGGAGGGCCACUCGGAUAGCGGCCAGCGGUCUCUGGUUCUUCCCCGUUUCGAACCCAAGAAUGGACUCACCGGCCUCAACCACCGCAAUGGCUUCCGCAAUCACAACAAAGAGCCAGACACCCAGCGGCAGGCCGGCCGCCGCAGACUGUUUGCUCAGGAAAAGAAAGGGGAAAAAGUGGACAGUGAUGAGACAGAAGGGGAGGCAGAAGAGGAAGGUGUUCUCAGUGACCAGCACAAAUGUAUAUACAAGGGGAGAUCGGUAUCUUUGACCACCUUUUACAGAAUAGCAAGAAAUACUAUGAUGAUGUGCUUCAACAAAGAGCCUGGGGCUGCUGAAGUUGAGCAAGAUUACUGGCGGAUAGUGGAGCAGAGGGACUGCCAUAUAGCAGUGCAUUAUGGGAAAGUGGACACAAACACACAUGGAAGCGGCUUCCCUGUGGGCAAGUCCGAACCCUUCUCCAAGCAUGGAUGGAACCUCACUGUCCUUCCCAAUAACUCUGGAUCCAUUUUGCGCCAUCUUGGUGCUGUGCCUGGGGUGACUAUUCCCUGGCUGAACAUCGGCAUGGUCUUUUCUACCUCAUGCUGGUCACAAGACCAAAACCGCCUUCCGUACGUUGAUUACUUACACACUGGUGCUGAUUGCAUUUGGUAUUCUAUUCCUGCUGAGGAAAAGACGAAGCUUGAUAAAGUGGUGCACACACUGCUUCAGGCCAACGGCACGCCGGGACUGGAAAUGCUGGAGAAGAAUGUUAUGAUUUCUCCAGAGGUGCUUUGUCGUGAGGGGAUAAAGGUCCACCGUACGGUCCAGCAGAGCGGGCAGUUUGUGGUGGUCUUCCCCGGCGCGUUCGUGUCCAGGGUGUGCUGCGGCUACAGUGUGUCUGAAACUGUGCACUUUGCCACACCACAGUGGAUGAACCUGGGCUAUGAGGCUGCUAAGGACCUGAAAUGCAGGCGCAUAGCAAAACCCUUCUCUAUGGAGAAGCUACUCUACCAGAUCGCCACAGCCGAGGCCAAACGAGAAAACAGACUUGUGCUCAGUACAAUCUCUUCUCUUCUCAAAGAUCUCAGGAACAUAGAGAUGAAGCAAAGGCAGGAGCUGUAUGAAGCAGGGCUGCUUUCCUCCGCACGCUACUGCACUCACGACAACAACCAAUCGCCUGCUGACACCAGGAAGAAACCACGCAAGUGGCUGGCGCUGGAGUCAUCCGAAAGGCGCUGCCAAAUGUGCCAGCACCUCUGUUACCUGUCUAUGGUGGUGCAGGAGAAUGAAAAUGUGGUUUUCUGUCUGGAGUGUGCGCUGCACUAUGUGGAGAGAAACAAAAGCUGCCGCGGCCUCAAGAUGAUGUACCGCUACGAUGAGGAGCAGAUCAACAGUUUGGUGAAUCAGGUGUGCGGUAAAGCCCUGGUGAGAAGCGUGGCAGACGGCUGUAACGGCUCCAGCCCCACCAAACCGCCAGCCAAGCGCGGCCCCCGCAAGAGAGCCACCGUGGAGCUGUCCUUGACCAACCUGCCAACCCACCUGUCCAAAAGUGCCGCCGCUGCCGUCUCAUGAGAAACGCCGCCCGGUUGUCUACGUCAACAAAUCGAUUUCCUCUCUCUCCCUCCCUCCCUCCCUUCAUUUUGUUUGUGUCUUUCAUCACCCACAUAGCAGGGCAGAGUUUCCUGUUUUGAAAGCAGGCUGCCUUUUUUUGCACUAGCGCACUAGUUUUUAUUCACCAAAUGUUUGAUAGCAUUAAGAGACAUGGUCCCAGGUGUGAGUCACUGACAGGUGUGAGUAUGAUGUCAUCUUUUCUGCCUGGACCCUCUUCCCCCUCGUCUUCGGCCCCAUUGACUGCACACACGCUCCUCCUGAACUGUGAACCUUGGGACAAAUGGGUGCUUCUCUCCUCAUUUUUUUCCUAGCCCCUUUCCUUUGAAUGUUGGUGCUUGAUGGAGCUGCCCAAGAACGUUUUUUUUUUGUUUUGUUUUGUGUUUUUGUUGUUUUUUUUGUUUUUUUUUGUUUACCAUUUUGUUUUGUUUUAUGACAUCACAUUUGUUUUAAUUUGAAUCCAUUUACUCCCCAUGCAGCUCCUCUGCGGAAGACGCAGCUCUAAAGAUGGUAAACACUUGAAAUUUGUCGUCUUUUUUUUUUUUUUUUUUUUUGAGGAAGUACUGUGUGUUUUUUAUUUCAUCUGCUUUUCAUUUCACACUUUUCUCUGUGGAUUCGGGGAAUGCUGGUUUCCAUGGCAGCGGGUCGGACUGUACUUGAGGAAGUGGGUGUUAGGGAAUGAAUGCGUGGGUCCCGUCCCGGUAGUGAGAGGGGUUCCUCCCACGAUAACUGUGCCUGAUGUUUAGCGGGGAGAUCUUUCUUUAUUUUUGGUGCUGUUUUUUUUUUUUUUUUUUUUUUUUUGUAUAUCAAUACAAAAAGGUAAUAACAAAGAAGUGCUGUCUGCUAGCCUUCUUAUCCCACAGGACGGAAGAGCCCAGAGGCUUUUUCCGCUUCUAGAUGUGCAAUCGUGUCAACAUUCCAUUCUUCCAGACUUAUUCAUCUGUACCAGUUAACAUUAAUUAUUAUAUUAUAUUAUUGUAAUUAUUAUAUUUUGUGUUUUUGCCUUUUUAUUUGAUCUUUUGUUCUGAUGUGCUAUCUCAAGUUAGAGCCACUAUUCAAAGGGUGUAAAAUGUGAAAUACAAGUCCAAGUUUUUUAUUGUUAUUAUUAUUGUUUCUUUUUGUUGUCUUUUAAUUUUUGCAGAAGUAUCAGUGAUUUAAAGAAACUUAAAAAAAAUCAACUUUUGUACAUAAAUCCUGUAAAUGUCUUUAAUACUUGAGCCUUUGUUGGAGUGACAGAAGAAAAGGAUAGAUAGAUGGAUGAUGUCAGAUGAAGAAAAGCCUUACAUUUCAGUUUCUUCAGCUGUGGGAGUUUGAUGCAUACAGGGUUGCUCUGGUAAUGUGUAUACAUUUUAAGUGCUGCUUACAUCACUGAGGACUAAGAUAAGGAGUCGCGAUUUCCCCAUAGUUUUGUUUUUUAGGUUUACUUUUUUAAAGAAAAGGGAAAAUACUUUCACAAAAAAAAAGUUUUUACAUUUUCAUUACUGAAAAUUCAACAUUGUAGUAGCUACUCAUGUUGCACUGAGCUUGCCAGUGGUGACUGUCAAGGAAAAAAAAAAAAACUAUAAUCCAGUUUGUUGGUUGUUGUCCUUAACAGAAGACUGAACUGUUUUAGGAGUAUUUAAUGAAAACCAAGUCGGGUGUUUUCAACAAAAAAAAUGGCGGUUGUCAAGUUUUUAUGGCCUUACAAUGUAUUUUACUCAGAAUUUUUUGCUGUUUUUGGUUCCUUUUUCUACAAUAUGAGAGAUUUGCUCAGUCAGGCGAGUUAAUUUAUUAGCACUGCGUCUCAGUUCUUCCUCUCACGAGGAAAGAUUUCAUGUUGGUUAUAUUGCCAGUCGUAUUUUGUUUUUCUUUGUUUUGUUUUGUUUUUUACUUUUUCAAUUUGUACUUAAGGUUUAAUAAAAACUCAUGGACAAUU